CCAGACGAGACCUCCCAAACCGGGGUGAGGCACCUCAUUCGAAUGCGACUGCGACGGACGGGCAGUCCCAUUUCCCCCAAGCGCCCAACCUCAUCUUUUGUUUUUGUCUCCUUCAUCCGCCUUUUCUUCACGCGUUUCGUACUCUUCGCGCCGUGGUUUUAAUCACAAAUUCAUCUGCGAGCUCUGCAGGAUACAGCAUUGCUCUUCAUUCGUUGCAUUCAGCGCAUCGCAUCGCAUUAUCGCAAACUGCAUAAAUCCUCUCGCUUCAUCCAUAUAUCACCAUGCCUAUGGAACUUCGCAAGCGCAAGGCGUCUACUGCCCCUCCCCCUCCUCCCGUGAAGAGAAAGUCAACUACCAAGGUUCCCAAAGCGGCUGCCAAGGUGAAGGAGGCCGCUGCCAAGGUCACAGAGAAGAAGGAAGAGCCUGAGGAGGCUAAGGAGGAGGAGAAUACUGAGGAAGAGCCCAAGGCUGAGGAACCUAAGGCGGAGGAGUCCAAGAAGUCCGGUGGCAAGCCCAAGGUUGGCGAUGUUGUGGACCUUGAUGGCUUUGGAGGCGAGAUAGAGACCAAUGAUGGUGAAAAGACCACAUUGAAGAAGCUUGUUGAUGAGAGCAAGUCUGGUGUCGUCCUCUUCACUUACCCCAAGGCAUCUACUCCUGGCUGCACCAAGCAAGUCUGCUUCUUCCGCGACUCUUAUGAGCCUCUCACCAAGGAUGGCCUUGCCAUCUACGGUCUCAGCGCCGACUCCCCCAAAGCCAACACAACCUUCAAGGAGAAGCAAAAGCUCCCUUACACACUGCUAUGCGACCCGAAGGCGACACUCAUCGAGGCCAUCGGUCUCAAGAAGGCUCCCAAGGGAACGACGCGCGGUGUUUUUGUCAUUGGCAAGGAGGGCAAGAUUCUGGUUGCCGAGGCCGGAAGCCCCCAGGGCACUCUUGAUCGUGUUCAGGCACUGGUUGAAGAGCUGGCUAGCAAAUAAAUACGAGGCCUCUGAUCGGUCGCACACCUACGCAUGAUGGUGAUUAGUGGGAGCAAUCGGGACUUUUGAUAUACCUGGGUUACAGGCUUUUUGUUUUCGUAUCUUGCUGCAAAUUAAAAGGGUUCAUAGACCAAUAGUAACACGAGUGAUAGCAACAUUUCAAGUUUCCCAUUUUGGUCUAUUUUCGAUGUUGACGAGGAUUAUUUAGUCCUCGGUCACUAGGCCUUCCAGUGGCAAUGCCAG